AUGGCAUCCUUUGAUACAGAAUCUGCUGCCGGACUUGAAAAUACAGCUUUCGACUAUGUGGUGGUCGGUGGUGGCACCUCUGGCUUGGUCGUAGCUAGCAGACUCACGGAAGACCCUAAUAUCAGCGUUGUCGUCCUAGAGGCAGGGACAAAUCGCCUUGGGGAUCCCCGAUUGACUGUCCCAGGCUUGGGGGUAGCUACAUUCGAAGACCCAGACUUUGACUGGAACUUCCGCUCAAUUGCGCAGGAACAACUCAACGGUCGCAAACUUCUGGCUAAUAAGGGCCGGACCCUUGGAGGCUCCUCUGCCAUUAACCUGGGAAUGAUUGUAUACCCAUCCAAGACUGGAUUGAAUGCGUGGGAAGCCUUGGGAAACCCCGGCUGGGGCUGGGAUGGUCUAUCUCCGUAUGUUCGCAAAUCAGAAACUGCCGCUCCACCCUCAAAUGCGAAUCGUGAGUUCUUUCAGGGAAUGAAGCAUGAUGAGCAGAAUCACGGUAGCAGUGGACCUGUCCAAGUCUCCUUUGGUGACCAAUAUAUGCCGUUUCAUUCUGCGUGGAUGCAGACUUUCGAGAAACUGGGCUACCCACAGAUCGAAGACCCCGUAAAUGGUGCUGGUGUUGGGCCCUUUGUGACUCCCGGUGCCAUUGAUCCAACCACGCAUACCAGAAGUCACUCUGCAGCCGCGUACUUGGGUCCACAAGUUCAAGCCAGGCCGAAUCUGAGAGUCGUCACCGGUGCACUGGUGCAAAACAUAGUCCUUGAGGCUGGAAAUGCUGGCGUCGUUGCAACUGGUGUCAAAAUUCAAAAAGACUCGACAUCAUACACCAUUAAAGCUAAUAAGGAACUUAUCCUUGCUGCUGGAACAACCCAGACCCCUCAGAUAUUGGAAUUAUCAGGAAUUGGAGACGAAAAGAUACUAAAGUCCCACGGAAUCGAGACAAUUAUCAACAAUCCCAGCGUCGGGGAGAAUUUACAAGACCACGGAAUUAUUUCAUUCUCAUAUGAAGUGGCAGACGGCAUGCCUUCAGGUGAUAUGGCGAAAGACCCCAAUGUUGCUGCCGCCGCAAUGGCCGCCUAUCAGAAAGAUGGCUCAGGGCCUCUAGGCAUGUCUCCGUUCGUUUCAGCAUUCAUGCCAUGCUUGGAAUUGGCCGAAGAAGAGCACACCCAGCUUCUUGCGGGGUUGAAGGCCUCCAUUGAAAAUCCAGCCACCCCCCGCGCACAAAAGAAGCAAUUCGAUGCGAUUCAGAGCUUGAUCAAGGACUCAUCUGAGCCUACUGCUCAAUAUAUUUUAGCGCCUUUCCAACUUCCUGCGAUUGAAGGUGAUGAUAUUAAGCGUCUAUUCUCCAUGCCACACCCAGGACUCUUCAUCAGUCUUGUUUCUCUGCUCAGUUAUCCUCUCUCCCGUGGCUCUGUUCAUAUCGGUUCUUCUGACCCACAAGAUGCACCUAUCAUUGAUCAUGGGAUUCUUAGUCACCCCGUUGACCUGGAAAUGCAUGCCCGUCAUAGUAUGUGGAUGGAAAAGAUCACUAAGGCUGAACCAAUGGCUUCGCUUCUUAAGGAAGGCGGCCGGCGCUUACACACUGCGGAGCCUGUUGAUGAGCUGGAAAAAGCGAAGGAGCUGUGCAAAAACCUUGUUCUGUCUAUGUAUCACGUUAGCGGAACUUGCACCAUGAUGCCCCAGGAAGAUGGUGGUGUGGUGGAUUCUCAACUCAAGGUUUACGGUACCACAAACGUUAGGGUUGUGGAUGCCAGUAUAUUCCCCCUAGAGCCCAGAGGAAAUAUCCAAGCGACUGUGUUCGCUGUUGCCGAGAAGGCUGCGGAUAUUAUUAAGCAACAUGUAAAUUAA